UGAAGUUUAGUUUUAGUGACAACUUUCAGUGCAGAGCACGUCGAUAUAAACGCGAGUGAAGUGUAGCUGAAACUGAAACUUCGUAACGCGUAGCAGUGCUACGGCGUAGAGUGGCUACGAGGUCCGAUAAAAAGUUAUAAAGGCGGCCAUAUUGUUUUUACGGUGGCAUUUGAGGACGUUCCAUUGGGAUCGGGCGGGGCGGCGGUCCCUCUGUCCCGAUCAACGUCGCGGCAGUGCCUUGCAUGUGCGCACAGGGCCUCGCUCUCACUACCAGACGUGCCUGAGAUCACGCCGGAGAUCGUACCCCCCGCGCCUGCGCAGGUCAAAAAGCGAGAGGAAAUCAAAAUGGCCGCCAAAGAUGACCGCGUCAGCGAGGUGCUAGAAGACAGAGAUCCGAACAGCUUGAAUCAACAUGUACAGAUAGUCUGGGACGACAUAAUCGGUGAGCCGGAGGGCGCGCGCAGCCCGGAGUGUGCUUGGAGGCUCAGCAAUGCGUGCUUCUCCCGCGCACGGAACUGGUGUUACACUGCGCUUGCAGUGAUACUGGCGCCGCCCUGUGCGCUGGUGCUGGGGUGUGGAUUCGCUUGCUUGGCCUUCGAGCAAAUCUGGUGUACCGGCCCGUGUCUCCGUUGCGGCAAGAUCUACUUCGCGUCUCUCCGUACGAUGGUGCAGUCGUGUAUGGCGGCCAUUGUCGUCCCUACCGCGGAAGCUGUCGGCCAUAUUUGUCGACACAUCCGCGUCAACUUUAGACGCGACGCGCCUGACGAUAAAGACAUGCUCGUCGUCUAGUGUGGUGCCGGCUUUAUGAUCGGGAAGUAGUAAAUUAAAGGUGUGGUGUCACCUUUUUAUCGUGUUGUAAAGAUAAUGUGUUGUCAACAAAUUCGAAGUGUAGUUUUUAUACCUGCUUAAUUAAGAUUAUUAAAUUAAUGAACUAAUGAAGAUGUGUUGAAGAUAAAUACUUAAAUCGAUGAAUUAAAAUAAUAAAAUGAAAAUAAAGACGUUGCCAUAAGUGCCUUUUUACUAAAUGUUGUACGUGUUUAAAUGUACCUACGUAUAUUUGCUCUUGCAAAUACAUUUGCUGGUGUAUUUAGUGCUUGUGUGUAAGAUUUUAAACUAUUAAAUGUUAAAAUACAUAUUUCAUUGCCUUAUAGUGAUAACGACGUUAGCGUCCAUUUGAAAAACCACAUUGUGUUGUGUUUCUUCAACAAAUUCCAGGGAAAAUAGAGAACACAUUAUUUUCUUGGACUGGAAUUGACAUUUGCGCAUAUAAAAAUAAGUGCACAAUGCAAACAAAUGUCAAAUAGCAAUAUUUAUUGCAUUUCUUAGAUGAAUUGCUUCGAUGUGGCCAGUUUAACCCCUCAGAUAUCUGCAAUGAAAAACUGGUUCGACACAUAUACUUUAUUUCAAGAAAUCAUCAUCAUUAAUUUAAGAGCCACACUCUUGUCGGUGUAGCAUGUUUCUUUAAUAAAAAUCCAUUUCGAGUGUGAUUUGUAACAACGACGCUUACGUGGGUGUCACCAUAAUGUGAUGUAUGUUUAACCGUUUACUUAGGUAAGUAAGUAGGUGCUUACUUUGGGUAAACUUUUUUGUAAAAACAAUUUCCCUAGAUACUUUCUAAAUGAAAAUAUAAACAUAUGCACCCUUUUAAAAGUGAAAGUAGAUAAAUAGAUUUUUUAAAUAGAAUUAUGUAAUAAUAUUUCAUAUUAAAGCACAUAAUAACGGGUUC